AUGGUGUUAAAUUUUGCAACUUGUGAAAAAUAUUGUUAUGAUAAUAAUAAAAAUUCUACAACAAUAUUAAACAGAAAAAAACGAUAUCUUGUAUUUCCAAAAAGUAGUACAUUUGUGGUUACAACAACUGGAUUAAAAGCAAUUCAAGUUAAAGAACCAACAAAUUGGAAUCUUGAUUUGGAAUUUGACAUGAUAUGGCCAAUUCCAACAGAGGAUAAUAAUAAUAAAAAAAUAAGUAAAAUAAAUAAUAUUAAAAAAAAACCAUGGAAAAAGACAUUUUAUCGAUUGAGAAGACAACGAAGAGAUCUUUAUGCUAAUUUUGAAAUGGCACUUGACAAAUUUGGAGUUCCUGGAAGAGAAUGUAUCUUGAGAACAAUUUGUGAAGCCAGAAUAUUUUUACAUCAACCUGGUGUAUCAUUUAUCGAUGAUUUACUGCGAGUUUUUUUGAGCCAUGAUGAAAACUUUGGGCAUCGAUUAGACGAGUAUGAUAAUGCUUAUCGUACAAUUAAUAAUUGUGAUUUGAAAUACAAGUGUCCAAUAUCUCCACUUGAAUUUUUACUCAAUUAUGAUCCAGCUAAAUUUUUAUAAUGACAAAAAAUAAUUUUCAUAAAUUAAAUAUAUUAACGUCUUAUAUCUUGAAUUUUAAAUUUUUUUUUUACUAUUUUUUCGCUUUUGAUGAAAGAACCUUAGAAGUAAUGCAAUUUAAAACAAGUGCUCAUUGAGUUUUAUCGAAUCUCAGUUGAUGAAAAAAAAAAAAAAAUAAUAAUGA